AUGAAAUUGGUUGUGAACGAAGCCCUGAAUUCUCAGUUGCCAAAAGUUAGCUCCGAUUACAGUAUUACAGCGUUAACGUUUGAGCGCACUGGUGACGACACUAAGCAAAGCCUAAUCAUCAACAUGCAUCAUAUCAAGAUAAAGAUUGAAAAACCAGACGCGGAGGGCUCUGGGGCGCGCUGCAAACUGGAUUCUGUGUUGCAAGGACUUGUGGACAAGUCGGAAACGGAAUUGGAUCAAAAUGAAAGCGAAACAGGAAAAACUGCGGAGACAUUGAAUAAGGACUCGUCUCCAUUGUCUGGCAAAAGGCCACCGUCAAGACUUCCACAACACAGAAGGAAGAAGCGAAAAGAAAUGGACGAAAGCAUUACAGACACGCACCAAAACAAGCAAAAUGCUUAUAUCAUCAAGCUGUUUGACCGCAGCGUGGACUUGGCCCAGUUCAACAGUGAAACUCCUCUGUAUCCCAUCUGUCGUUCCUGGAUGAGGAAUAACCCUUCGUUUCGCGAACAGGCUGACCCCACACCACUCUCCCCACACAACGCAGAUGAAGAGCUUUCGGACAACGUGAACGGUAAAGAGCAGGACGUGCACAGACUGCCUCCUCCCACUCCGUGUCCAGUGACCUCCUCUGGGGAUCCGGUGAACCUGCGCAUCCCACUGACUGAAAAACCAGUCGCCAACAAGCCGACGGAGAAACUGCCUGCAUUGGGAACUCACGUCUCGGACCACAUGAUGCGCUGGAAAAAGAUAAGACAAAAGUGGAAGGAGUGCUCGAACAGGAACCAGCUGCGAUACAGCGAGAGCAUCAAGAUCCUGAAGGAGAUGAAGGAGCUGUACGACCGCUGA